CUUCAAACAUCAAAAGUAAGGCACCUGUUUUAAUUCAUCAAUACCAAGGAUUCAAAAUGAAUAGCUUUCCUCAUCCCAUCGUCAUUGCGAUACUGACCUCCAUCCUUACAUCAGGCGGGAGCUGUCACAAAUCCUGUUCAGGGAAUGCCAGUCUGAUGAAGAGUAUUCAGUACCAAUUGAAACUUGUUGAAGAUAAUGAUGGAAAGUGUGACUGUAACCACAGUCCUUCAUCUCAGAGUUUUGGAAAAGUUGGCUUUCAGGUAUUUAAUUCGAAAAAUUUGCAGAAUAUUAGUAACGGCGCUGUAGUUGUGUACGACACUGUUACUACCAACCUCGGUGGAGGAUAUGACAAGUCGACUGGUGUAUUCACUGCACCUGUAGUAGGACUGUACUACUUUACCUGGACAGUUCUUGCUUACGUUGGGAAGUCUUUCUACACACAACUUAAACUGAAUGACGUUGUUGUAGCAAAGAAUCAUGCUGGGGCUGGCGGAAUAUCUGCGCACAUGCCAUCUAGUCAGAGUGCUGUUUUACAAAUGAAGAAAAACGACAAAGCGUCUAUCAGGAUUCAUCGCGGAGGUGUAUUCAUGAUCGGAGAUAAGUGGUCAACCUUUAGUGGAUAUAAAAUCUGAAUAAAAUGAAAUGACCUUUAA